AUGAGUCUUCUUUCGCCAUUCCGCGGCGAUCCUUUUUUUUCUGGAGUCGAUCUUCCACAAACAUUCGAGCAGCGAUCAAGAUCUGACAGGCAUGAUCGUCAACUAACACAAUAUCAACAAAAUAAUAAUGAUCGAGAACUAGAUAUAUUUGGUAAUCCAUUUGGAUUUAUGGAUACUAUGAUGGGUAAUAUGAAUCAAAUGAUGAGACAUAUGGAAUCGAGAAUUAAUAGUAAUGAUUUCCAACCUAAUGGCCAAGGUGUUUCAUUUAGUUCAUCAACUGUGAUGAGUAUGGAUAAUAGAAAUGGGACACAACCAAGAAUUAUUCAAGCAACAUCAGAAAAAUUGCAAGGACCUGAAGGUUUCUCACGAACACGUAAAGCUGUUCAGGAUACGGGUCGAAACUUAGAAAAAAUGGAGAUAGCCCAUCGACUUGGUCAACGUGGUCAUAGAAUAACCAAAGAACGUGAUCCAUCGAGUGGAAAACUAUUAGAAAAUCGUGAUUUUGAAUAUAUCGAAGAUGAAAAUCAGUUUGAACGUGAAUGGUUUAAUCGAGCAGGACAACUCGGUUUGAAAAACUUAAACGGACACGGAUUUGACUCACAAGCAAAUAAUUUAUUAAUGGCACCACCAUCAUUUGGACGACUUCGAUCUCAAUCUCAAGAACCAAGACAUAUGGCUAUCGAACACGAACGAUCAAAUAACUAUGAUUCACGUUCGAAACAACAUCGAAAUAAAUGA